AUGGCUUUUACUGCUGCGAGUCUGUUUGCUCUGGGUGUUAUUGGAAGCUCUUCGGGCACCUUCAUCCCUAAACCUCAAGCAUGCGAUAAUAUUCAAGCUGGCUACCAAUGCCAACCACAGAUCAGCCACUUCUGGGGGCAAUAUUCGCCAUUCUUCUCUGUCCCAUCAGAGAUUCCUAACAACAUCCCUUUGACCUGCUCCGUCACGUUCGCACAGAUCCUGUCAAGGCACGGAGCUAGAGAUCCCACAGCCUCAAAGACUGCAAAGUACAAUGCGACGAUCACAAAGAUCAAGAAGAAUGUCUCCAGUUUCAGCGGCAAAUAUGCUUUCCUCGCCGACUACGAGUACACGCUUGGAGCCGACCAAUUGACAGAUUUCGGAAGACAGCAAAUGGAGUAUUCGGGAGAAAAAUACUAUCAGCGCUAUGCCGGCCUUGCUCGCAAAUCUGUUCCAUUCAUCCGCUCCUCCAGCGAAGACCGCGUAGUCGAGUCUGCAGAAAAAUGGAUCGACGGAUUCACAGAAGCCAAAUCUGGAGAUUGGUGGUCUGAUAAGAGAUAUCCUUCUGUGGAUGUUGUCAUCAGUGAGGCUACUGGUAGCAACAACACACUCAACCAUGAUCUCUGCACCACUUUUGAAAACGGACCGGACUCGACGAUUGCAGAUUCUGCACAGAAGACUUGGGUUUCUGUGUUUGUUCCUGCUAUUCAGCAGAGGAUCAACAAUGAUUUACGCGGUGUCAAUCUCACUCAGACGGAAAUCAUCUAUCUGAUGGAUUUGUGUCCUUUCAACACUGUUGCUUCACCUACUGGUGCCAUCUCACCAUUCUGCUCCUUGUUCACAGAGACUGAAUGGCAAGACUAUGGAUACUACGAAUCUCUCAACAAAUACUACGGCUACGGUGCUGGAAACCCUCUUGGACCUACACAAGGUGUUGGCUUCACUAAUGAACUCAUUGCUCGCCUUACCAAAAAGCAGGUGCAAGACCACACUUCUACAAACCGUACUCUGGAUAGCAAUUCUGCUACUUUCCCUCUCGAUCGCGCGCUGUAUGCGGAUUUCAGCCAUGAUAAUGAUAUGACUGCUAUUUUCUUUGCGCUUGGCCUUUACAAUGGUACCGCCCCUCUGUCUAAUACUACUGCACAGACAACGCAGCAGACCAAUGGUUACUCGGCUGCUUACACUGUUCCCUUUGGAGCCAGAGCGUACGUGGAGAAGUUGCAAUGUCUGGGACAUGCAGAGGAGCUGGUCAGAGUCAUUGUCAAUGAUCGGGUCAUCCCUUUGAAGAGCUGUGGCGCUGAUUGGUUGGGAAGAUGUUCGCUGCCCGCUUUUGUGGAUAGUCUUUCCUUUGCAAAGAGUGGCGGUGCUUGGGGAAGCUGUUUUGCUUGA